AUGAAUUGUUCCAGCCCUUUAAGGAGAAUCCUGUCGUUUUCUCAAUCAUAUGCGGCGGGCUAUCACACUUUACGCCGCUCCCUUGUCCUCACAAGACAUGCAGCACCACCACUACCACUGCAGCAACGAUCCCAUUACGCUCGCAAUCGCCCGAGAAGCGGGAGAGGGAGCACCCCGAGGAAGAUCAAAGACAUCAACAACAGAUCACAGCCCCAACGCCGCUAUGGAUCCUCAACGACAACAGCACCCAUCCAGCUUUCAAAGGGAGAAAUCGAAUGCACCAUCAGCGCCGUGCCGGCCGUGCCAGGAAGCCUCAGCGAAGGAACACAUGCAACGAUCACGAUCCGCAACGCUGCGCGGCUCAACAGCCUCAACAGCAGUCUGAUCUCACAGCUCACAUCAACGCUCCGAUCGCUUGCCUCGCUGGAGCAGCACCCAGACCUGCGCGUUGCGAUCAUCAAAGGCGAACACCCGCCCAACUCCCCCAAGACCCCGGCAUUCACGUCCGGCGCAGACAUCUACGAGAUGUCCUCCCUCAGCUCCGCCUCCUCCGCACGGGAGUUCAUCUCCCGCCUGUCCCAACUCUGCGACGCAUUCCGCACCCUCCCAUGCCUGACACUCGCACAGAUUCACGGGCUUUGUAUGGGCGGCGGGCUCGAGCUCGCGGCGUGCGCAGACUUCCGAUACGCAACGGCAGGGUCGUCGUUCAGCAUGCCCGAGACGAAAUACGGGAUCCCAAGUGUCAUCCACGCGCGCCUGCUGCCGAAUCUUGUAGGAUGGCAGCGUGCGCGCGAGAUGGUGUAUCUCGCAAAGGUGUACGGUGCGGAGGAAAUGCGUGAGUGGGGGUUGGUUGACGUGAUGUGUGCGGAUGAGGCGCGCUUGGAGGACGAGGUGAAGGGAUUCGUGGAGCGGGUGGCGAGGCAUGGUGUGAAGACUAUGAGGGUUCAGAAGGAACUGGUGAGGGUCUGGGAGGAGCGGGACCUGAGGGCUGGCGUGGAUGCUGGCGUGGAGAGUUUUGCGCGGAUGUUUGAGGAUGGGGCGCACGAGCCGAGGAGAUUCAUGAGGGAGUUCACCGAGAGAAGGAGGGAGAAAGCAAAGGGGGCCCAAAGGGGAAAUUGA